AUGAAGCCUGUUACGAUAUCUCCAGCAGCGAUGAUGCUUGUCCUAUGUCUCACUGCCGCAAUGGCGGUAAACGAGGUGCCGUUCCGAGGCUGUUCCAACGAACUGGUAGCCUUGUCGCCAUGCCUGCCUUACCUGGCGUCACCGCCGAACAACCGCUCUUCCUUGGCCUUUCCUCCGUGCUUGGUUGCUCUUUGCCGUUUCCUUUCGAGUUUCCGUUUUGCUAACUUGGCGGCUAGUCGUUUUGGCAUCAAAUUGAAAGGAGUAAUGCGCUGUAGCGAUGUUACUGGAGAAAAUAUUCUCCAAUCCGAUCUCAUCGCUAUAGUCGGAAUCAUUACCUCCACUCGGGAGCACAACCGGUAUGAUUCUUCCAUACAUAUUCUUUCGUCGUUCUUUAUGGAUUGUUUCGGGCCUGCAAAUCCCUCUGAUUCUGGUAAUGCCAAUCCAUUAUCCAGAAGCGCUGAGAAUUCCCCAGCAGCAGCUUCUACAAGCACACCACCGGAAUCUGUUGUGAGUUCAUCCAUUCCAGAAGAUUACUCACCAGAGCCUGUUCCCAAUAUUUCUACAUUGAAGCCGGCUGAUAGCAGCAAUUACCGGUCCUUACCUGGAAUCUCUCUCUUUUUCACUCCCAUAUGCACCUACUUACUUCACUGA